GUCUAAUGAGUGUAGGUGGUAAGGGGGUAAAGGAGUAGCGGGGUGGUUAAGAGGUGUCUAUAGGUAGGAAGUCGGACCAGGAUAACUACCUAACUACCUAGGUACUGGGACUGAAGGUUGGCUUGUAACCAUGGCAUUGGUAAGUUUGCUAUGGCUGCAUGCAUGGUCAUCUUAUUCAUAAGAUCCCCCCCAAUUUCAACGGGCUUUGAUGUUGUAUGUAGUAGUACCUGGCCGCAUAGUAGGUCCCCUAGGUCCCCUCACCUCCCAAGCAUCCCCUGGCCCUGCAGCGCAGAGUUGCAUCACGGUUCGGUCUCUAUUCCGGGCCCAUUUUCGCCGCAUCGAGACCUCAUUGUUUCAGACCCUAGUCCGUUCACAACGUCACAGAAACGUCUUUGCAGCGCCACUAUGUGACUUGUAAUAAACACAGCUAACCAGCUAACCAGCUUGCUGUCGACAUGUAAAGCUCUAUCAUCAACCUCGCUUCCUUUCUUGCCGAUACGAUUCUC